AUGAACAAUUUCAAACUAAACGGCUCUAGACAAGAUAUACAAGUAUGUUCCAUCAAAUAUGUUGCCUUAGAUGACACCCCUUGGACUAUUAAUAAUUCUUUGGUUGAUCAUAUUCCUGUCCUUUCCACGCAACUUGCUGUUGUGAUAUUCAUCAUGCGCUUUCUCAUGAUUGUCCUCAAACCUCUUCACCAGUCUCGUUUUUCCGCUGAGCUUAUUGCUAGUAUUCUGAUUGGCCCAUCUGCACUUGGGGGAUUCACUUUUUGGAAAUUCGAGGCUCUUAAAUGGAUGAAUCUUUUUCCCUUCGAUCAUAAUAUGUUAUUGGAGACUUUCGGCAAUUUGGGGGUGACUUACUACAUGUUCUUGGUGGGGCUGGAGAUGGAUCUAUCAAAUUUAAAGCAUACGGGAAAGAAGUCAUGGAGCAUUGCAAUUGCUGGAAUUUUGGUUCCAUUUUGUGUUGGGGCAUUAUUAUUUUUUGUACCUAUUCUUAGAGAUAUGAGCCGAAGGCCAAGUGCUACCGGUGCUGUGUUCUGGGCUAUAACUCUAACAAUCACAAGUUUCCCCGACCUGGCAAGAACCCUUUCAGAUGUGAAGCUCCUCCACACGGAACUUGGAAGAACUGCCUUGACUUCUUCCAUCAUUACUGACAUCAGUACAUGGAUUCUUCUUGCUAUGGCAAUAACCCUUUUUGGUGAAAGUCGUCAAAGCAUAAUUUUCAGAACAAUUCCAAUUAUUAGCUUUGGACUGUUCUGCUACUUUGCAUUGCGUCCGGCCAUUGCGUGGAUGAUACAGCGUACUAAAAACAAACAAGGCAAAGUAAGCGACAGGCAAGUAUAUUUCAUUCUUACGGGCGUGCUUCUUUGUGGAUUUAUGGCAGACGCGUGUGGCUCGCAUUCCCUUGUUGGUGGUUUCAUGUUCGGACUAAUCAUACCAAAAGGAGAGCUUGCCAUUGAAAUUAUGGAAAGAACUGAAGAGUCUGUGACUGGAAUUAUGUUGCCAACCUUCAUUAUCACUAGUGGGCUUAGAACCAAUUUUGUUUAUCUACUAAUCAAAGCUAAAUGGCCUUAUCUGGUGAUGAUUUCAAUUAUAGGUUCAUUAGCCAAAAUUGUGAGCACUGUUUUCGUCUCUUCAAUUUUUGGCAUGUCACUAAAAGAAGGUUUGAUUCUUGGUGGUCUUAUGAACUCCAAAGGUGUUUUUGCACUCAUCGUUCUUAAUGAAGGCCGGAACAUCAAGGGUUUGGAUGUCAAUUACAUGGUUACAAUGGUGUUAACAGUUUUAUUGAUGACAUGUUCGGUUGGGCCAAUGGUAGUCUUAAUCAACAAAACCGGAAAACAUUCGAGUCAAACCAAGCUAAAGACAAUUAAGGCAACUAGCCCUAACUCAGAAUUCCGAAUUCUCACAUGCAUUCAUUCUAUUCAGAAUCUCUCUGGCAUCAUCCGUGUCCUAGAGAUUUCCAAUGCCACUGAAAAAGUCCCCAUAUGUGUCAACGCUGUCCACCUUGUUGAGCUCACUGAACGUGCUUCAGCCAUGUUGGUUGUUCAUGAUAAACUCAAAACUAAUACCCUAUCUCGCACAACAAGUAGUGAAAAGGUACAUUCAGACCAUAUCUUCGACGCUUUUCAAAGUUAUAAGAUGGGGAACGAAUCAUCCUUUGUGCAUCAACUCACGGUCUUGUCACCUUACACCACUAUGCACGAGGACAUCGCUAAGCUUGCGCAGGAUAGGGCUACCACGAUGAUUUUGAUCCCAUUUCAAAAGCAACCAACUGCUGAUGGAGGCUUUCAAUGUGACAACCCUUCAAUAAAGGAAGUCAAUAGACAUUUGUUGGCUAAGUCACCAUGUUCUGUGGGCAUACUCGUUGAUCGUGGACUUGGACCAACCAAACAAGGCAAGCCAGUAUUUGGAGGCAGAUCACCGGGGCUCCAAUUAGCCAUGAUCUUCCUUGGUGGGCCUGAUGACCACGAAGCUUUAAGUUAUGCAUGGAGAAUGGCAGGAAAACAAAGCGUCACCUUAACAGUGGUACGGUUUCGGCAGCAUCAGGCACAAAUCAUGCCAGAAAAUAAAGACAAUGAUGAAAAUGAUGAGGACUCUGUAGGGACUAAAAAAGAGUUCGAUGAUGAUUAUAUAAAUGAGUUCAGGUUCAAAUCAAUGUGCGACCCAUCCAUAAUUUAUCAUGAGAAAGUGGUGAAUAAUAGUGAGGAACUUGAGAAAACAAUAAGCGAACAGUAUAAUAACUUUGAUCUGUAUAUGGUUGGACGUGGUUUAGAAGUAAAAACUCCAUUGACAAAGGGACUAAUUGAUUGGGGAGACUCGAGUACGCUGGGACCAAUUGGAGAUACAUUGGUAUCAUGCAAAUAUACUGCACAUGCAUCACUUCUUGUGGUGCAACAAUCUCCUUUCGCAAGUGAUGUUAGCUUGCAGCGUUCAAAGAGCAAGUUUGAACAAAGGAAAUGGGCUUCACCGGUUUUAAAUCCUGAGUACGAAGCCAUUGUAAAUGAAUCAAUCAAAGGCUGA